AGCAGUGAGGACAGCGGACUGACCGGGACGUAAAUCCGCAAAAAAUGCAAUCGGUGCGUCUGGUUCCUCACAUUGGGAACUGAUGGGUGAUACCAUGGUAACCACAGACCAGGUGCGCCUCACACCGGAUAUGCAGAGCAAGCAGGGGGCAGUGUGGAGCCGCAUCCCAUGUCACCUGAAAGACUGGGAGCUGCAGGUUCACUUCAAGAUCCACGGACAAGGGAAGAAGAACCUCAACGGAGAUGGUCUUGCAGUCUGGUACACGAAAGACCGCACCCAGAAAGGUCCUGUGUUUGGAAGUAAGGAUUUCUUCACCGGGUUAGGCGUGUUUGUGGAUACUUACCCUAAUGAGGAAAAACUUCUAGAGGCCCAGAAGACAAGAUACACCUCUCGUAGCCAGAGGACCUUCCCGUAUGUUUUGGCAAUGGUGGGCAAUGGUACAAUCGGCUACGACCACGAGCGUGACGGCAGGCUUACCGAGCUGGGCGGCUGCAGUGCCAUGGUGCGCAACCUCAAACACGAUACCUUCCUCUUCAUCAGAUACGUCCGGCGCAGACUCACGGUCAUGAUUGAUAUCGACGGUCAGCAUGAAUGGCGGGACUGCCUGGAUAUCCCAGGCGUACGAUUGCCCCAGGGCUACUACUUCGGCGCCUCCGCCAUCACCGGAGACCUCUCGGACAACCACGAUGUUAUCUCUCUGAAAUUGUACCAGCUGACCAUUCUCAGGAGUAAGCUAGAGGAAGAGGAUGAGGAAGAGGUCACAAUUCCAAGUGUGGACAACAUAGAGCUAAUCAGGAACUACCAUGCAGGUGAGGGAAUGAGCAGCAUUGCCAUCUUCUUCACUGUGCUCUUCUCCAUCCUGGGCAUAUUCCUCCUCAUCAUCGUAGGUCUCGUGGUCUAUAGCCACUGGAAUGAGAGCAGACGUAAGCGUUUGUACUGAAUUAUCAGCACUGCCGUACACCGACGACCUGUAAAAGAGUGACAUGAGCCCACACAAUGGCACUGAUGGAUUCUGAAAUGAUGAAACCCAUUCGGUGCACACUGAGCACAGGGUUCGAUGUGAGACACGAGAAGAGUCGACCAUGAGGCGGCCAUAAAAUAGAGUAAAGAUGGACUCGAAAACACUAAAAGCUAAGCUAAACGUGUUACGCCAAAUCAGCAAAGCCUUGUACGUUUGGUACUAUUACUUAUGAUACGAGUCCAUGAGUGACCAUGUCAAGACAGUCGAGAAAUUAAGAACUGC